CGAUCCGGGAAAACAAAUAAAUCGUCAUCACAACCCACACUUUCACAAGAUUCUGGGAAUACUGAACCUAAGAAAAUUAAAAAAACAAAAUAUAAAAAACGGAUAGAAAAGCAACCUAAACUUGAGUCAAAUGAUAUUGGACCGGAAAUUUCUUCAGAUUGGGAACGUGACAUUGGCGACAUUGAAUCUGUAGAGUUAAAGGACGAGAGACUUGUCGUCUUUGUUGCAUGGAAUUCUGGAGUGAGAAGCAUGCAUUAUGUAGAGGAAGUGAAUCAAAAGGCACCGCAAAGGAUGCUUGGAUUUUAUCAACAUCAUUUAAAAAUUAAAAAGUUUGUGAGAAAGAAUAGAUGGUAUUGUUUUUAA